AUGAAAACAACCUAUCAGCACCGGGCCCUUAAUUCGACAGUUAAGGGUCUAGUGGAACAGGAGUCAGGGCUCGUCAAGUUCCUUGGAGUCCCUUACGGCACAGUGUCGGAGCGCUUUGCUCGGCCGCAGCCCAUCGAAUCCUGGCAAACUUCAUUGGAUUGCACUCGGCAUGGUCCUCGAUGUCCGCAGACGGUAGUUGAUGUAGGCCACUUACUUCGCAUACCCCUGGACCAGUCACUGCCCGUGGAGCACGAAGAUGAAUUUCGUUGCUUGAAUCUAGAUGUCGUCCUCCCCAAAGAAAGUCUAGCUCAGCACGCAAAAGAUCUACCAGUUCUUGCAUGGAUUCAUGGAGGUUCACAGGCCAACACGUUUGGAAGCGCGGCUUCAGGGGUCUGUGACAUGACCACGAUAGUGAAGCAUGCGGUAGCUGUGGAGAAACCGAUUAUUGCCGUUUCUAUACAGUACCGGCUGAACAUCUUUGCAUUUGGUGACAGUUCGACCAUGGCAAACCUCGCGCUGGAGGACCAAGCUUUGGCAUUGCGAUGGAUUCAAAAACACAUUAAAGACUUCGGCGGCGAUCCGGAACGGGUUACAUUGGCAGGGGAGAGUGCCGGUGCCGUGUACACUCAUGCGCACGUGGCCAUCAACUCCCCGUUGAGCCAGGCCAUCCUGUCAUCUGGGUCCUUACAUCUUUCUCCUCCCCAACCACCAGAGAAGGCUGCCGCUAUGCAUGAUCUAGUCUUCAAGCACCUACAGGGUUCCUCAGACCAUACUCUGAAAACCGUUCCGGUCUCUGAGCUAGUUGAGGCGGUCGAGAAGUCUGGGAUCAAGUCGUGGUUUCUGAAGAUGGAGCCACCUUUCAAGAAUUGGCGCUCAAACACUGGAUGUGCGCAGCGCAUCCUCAUCAGUGAUGCGGUCAUCUGGCGCGAAGGAAUCUGGGCCAUGAAGGGAGAUGCUAUCACGGCCGCCUUUGAUAUGGCGGGCGAGCAUAGUCAUGAGCUGAAACGUAUGUACGCCAUUUACCCAGAGAGACCGUCUUCGUGCAAGAUUGGGGCGCUCGACUUCAUCAACGACUGGAAAUUCCUCUUGCCUGCCGAGUCGAUAGCACAGCAGUGGCGAGAGCAAGGCAAAGCAGCAUUUCGCUGCCUCAUAGACGAGAGGAACCCCUGGCAGCCAUCGAACGGGGCUCAUCAUGCUGUUGAUCUCGUUUUACUUUUCGGUGGGUUCGACCUGUCGUUCUCUCCUGGAGCCCAACAUGUGGCAGAAACGAUGCGAACUAGAUGGAUCGACUUCAUCCAUUCCGGAGAUCCCUGGUCGCCUAAGUCAUACUUUGCAUUUGGACCCUACGGCCGAUGUGAGGAGCUGCCCCGCAAUGGAUUCAGUCUGCGUAGAAGGGCAAGACAGCUUGAAUAUCUGGCUACGGUAGACCCAAGCCUACUAGACAAAGUGUUAGUGACAUUGGCUGCUGGCAGAAUUAGCCUGAACAACUAA